AUGAAAGAUAAAGUAGUUCGUCGAGCUGCGUCAUACUAUAAUCGUACAACAAAUACACCAUCAGCAGCUGAAACUUUAUCCACAUUAUUCAAUGCGAUAAAUACAUCUACUUCUAAUGCAAAUAAUUCAAAUGAUCAACUUGCUUCAACUGCAAUGGAUAUUGAUCCUCCACCAUCAUCAACUAAUCGUCAACGUACAUUUGAUGAUGACGAUAGUAGUGAAAGUGAUUCUGAUUUUAAUCUUGCAACUGAUAGAGAAAUAUCUAUUCAAAAAACAUCAACGUACAACAAUUCAUCAAAUUCAAAUUUGAACCAACAAUUGAAUUUUUCUUCUAAUCAAUAUGAUACCAAUUCAGCAAGUGAGUCAUCACCAGCACAAGCUCAAACAAGUCCUCGAUCUUUAUUUUAUAUUAAUGUCCAUUUCAAAUUAAAAGAUCAGUGGUUGUUUUUUUGA